AUGGCUUGCACAGGGCCACCACGGGUCAACGCAGGGGACAUAUCAAACACAUCGCAUGGUUACCCUAUAGAAUAUGGUUAUCGACUGGUUCCCUGCACGGAGGAAGACGAGCAUUGUCAUCCAGAAGUUUAUGACGAGCAGUACAUGAACAGAGUUGGCUAUGGUGGAUUUAGUACCCCGUCACAUCAUGGCUCCCUGACCCGGCGCCAUAAACCCCGCACCCCAAUGACGGGCAUAGCCACGCCCGUGAAACAUAUGUCCUCUACGGACGUAUCAUCAUCUAGCCCCCAUCAUCAUCAUCAUUCCGGUGCAUUUGCCCGCACCGGCUCGCCUCUCCGCAGCUUUAGUGUACCGGAACCCCCCGGGUCAGGCAAAACUAGCACUCCCAAGCAUAUAGUGAAGCCACAGCAGACCGCAGCACCAUUCAAGAAAGCAGCGCCAAUUUCUAGCGGUCCAAUAAAGCCGAGGGCGAUGAUCCAGGCACCGAUGGUCUCGCCAAAGUCCGCCCCCGAUGUAUUACAGACAAAAAGUGAGGAGAAAGAUGUUGAGAAAUCAGUGAGUACGGAGGAACUUACGGCAGAAAUGGCGAACUUGGAGGGAUUAAUGAAAGACUUGAACGCUAUUACGCAGCAAGACUUUGAAUGCUAGCAUUAUGACAGUGGUCAUACAUUUUAUAUAUAUUAUAGUGUCAUAAUUAUACGAUGAAUCGAACAAAAGAUUUCGAAGAAAUCUCUAUAAACAACACUUGAGUGCUAGAAAUUUUGAAGAAAAAAUAUUAUUUUGAGACGAACAAAGAGGAACAAAAGUUUUUAUACGUCGUUGAUUAGUUGAUUUGCGGAACUAUGAGACAAAAAGUAACUUUGUAUCGCAAUGUUGUUGUUGUUUAUGAUAAAUGAAAAUCUUUCUUGUGUGAAAGAUAAUUGAGGCAUUAAAAAAAAUCAUUUGAAGGUAUUCGUAAGGACAAGAUUGGAAUAGUUUAAUAUAUUGGCCAAAGAUAAAUUUAAGAUAUUUGGCGAUUUGAUUUUAAAGUGUCAGUAAUUCUAUAUAUAGAGCAAAUGGCGAAACAUUAUUUUGAAUAUCAUGAAGAUGGUGUUUUUAUACUUCUGAGAGAAAACUGCCACAACUGUGAGAUGUUCAGGAGGAUCUCUCUUGGAGAACGUUGACAAUGUUUUGGGUUUGAUAGAAAAGUGUCAAAAGGUCAUGGGAUAUCUAUAUUUAAAUGUACAAAGUGUCUUAAAUGAAUGGGAGAAAGGAUCUCAGUUAAAUGUUUGUGCUGAUGAUGGAAAAAAAGAGAAAAUUCUGACUUUCCGAGAUGAGCAGAAUGAAAGAUACAACUAACCACGGAUGAGCCGAAUGAAAGAUACAACUAACCACGGAGGAGGACUAUGUUCAGGCACAACUAACCUUGGAUGAACCAAUGGAAGAUACAACCAACCAAAGAUGAAUUAAACCAAAAGGAAAAGAAGGUGUUGAAGAAUAUACAGAAAGAUACAACUUAACAAGGAGGAAAGAAAUCUGUGGACUGAGUAAUGUUAGUUGUAUCAUUUUGGACCAAUGUAUCACUUUUGAUUCAGGUUUUAACUGGAAAACUGAUUUUUUUUUUUUAAUUAUGAAUUGCCAAAGGAAUUUUUUUUAUAUAUGGGUAUAGGAUAAUAUGUGAUCAUUAGUUUGUUUUUAUAGGACAUUUUUUUUAAGUGCAAAAUUACAUUACGUCAUAUUGUAAAGUAUUCAGGCCACACCUUUAAACUGAAUGUCAGAUAAUUAUAUGAUUAUUUCUCGUUUGGUAUGAAUGAUGUUUAUUUUUUACGGUUUGAAUCUGUGGAAGAGCUUUAUUGACUGAAUUAAAGAUUAUUUCAAAUUGAUAGUAUAAAUGAAAUUCUGUACUGGGAAUAAAUCUAUGGAAGGGCUUUAUCGCCUAUAUUUUAAAAUAAUUUCAAAAUGGUAGUAUUAAUGAAAUUCUGUACUAAAAAUGAAUAUAUGGAAGGGCCUAAUGGCCUUUAUUUAAAGAUGACUUCAAAUUCAAAGCAUAAAUGAUAAUCCGUAAUGAAAAAUGAAUCUAUGGAAAGCAAUUAUUGUCAUAAUAUACUUGAUGGUUUAAUGAAUUCAAUGUUUUUAUGAAAAAUGUAUUGGUGCCAGUCUCAUGUUUUUAAAAGCAGUGUUCUGACUUACUAGAAGCUAAAAAUCGUCUUGUUUUAACCCUUGGCAGUAAAUGAUAACUCUUUAUUUUGAUUGUCUACCUUUCAUAAUUUUGAAAAAGAGAACAUAAAACUUUUAAAAAUAAAUGCUAUUUGAACAAUUAGCAAUGAUAAGAAUAAUUAUGAAAGAAAAUGGUAUGAGUACUUGUUGAAAAUAAUAAGAAAUUAAUUUUGCUACAAUGUCAAUCAGUAGUAUAAUUUUGCUUAAAUUUUUAAAUUUUUUAAUUGAACCUUCUGAUUGAUUUAGCCUGCACCCUCAGUGUGAGCUCUAUUCUAAUAAAUAGACUGUAUUGUUUUGUCUUAAAAAAAUGGGCUUCCAGAUGAGAUGACAUUAAAGUGAAGUUUUUUUGCAUGAAGGAAAGGUUUCCUUGAUAAGAAUGGGGUUAAAACUAUUUAUCUAACAUGUGAUCCAAAGAUUUGCUUCCCUUUGACAAAAAUGAACACCUUCCACAAUUUAUACAGUAUGUUUAUUGCAACAGUGACUUCCCUUUGAUGAGUUGCACCAUUUGCACUUGAAGAACAUUUUAAGAGUUGCUUCCCAUAGAUAAAUAAUUAUUUACAUAACAAGAGUUGCUGCCCUUAGAUAAACAAUUAGGACUUUAUGAUAUUAAGAUAAACAAUUAGGACUUUAUGAUAUUAACUUUCCUUAGAUAUAUAAUUUUUGUAAACAGUUUGAAAAGAGUUGUCUCCCUUUAACAAGCAUAUAAUGGACAUUACCACAGUUGUUUCCCUUUUGAAACUUUAUGCUUAGGGUAAUUUUUUGCAGCAUUCCAGUACAGAUUCAUAUUUGAGGGGUGGGGGAGGCUUAUUGUUGUGUGAAAGUACUGACCCAUAUUUCAUGUGCAUGUUAAGGUACACCAUUGAGAAAAAUAAUCGAAAAAAUAUUUUUAUAUACCAUUUGAAUGAAUGAAUUGAAAAUUAUAAUUUAUGCAUCUUUAAAGUGUGUAAUAUUCUAUUUCAGAUGUAAUUUAUUUAUUGUAUACUUUUUUUAUUAUAAAAUGGCAUUGCUGCAAAUAUGUAAUUUGUUAUAUAAUUUGUAAUUACAUUUUUGUUUAAGGGUUCAUUCUUUUUUAAGUACAUUUUUUGCACAUUUCAUGAACAAUUUUAAGCCCAUUUAUUAGAGAAAUAUUCAGAUUAAUCUAUACAUGGUUGUGUUGCGCACAUCCUGGUUUCUAGUUCGUAUCUCAUUGACUGAUAAUGAUAUUAAUUUGAAUUUUCACAAAUGUUUCCAUUGUCAUGGAUAUUGGUCUUUGUCCAAGGCACAUAACUCUGGCAUGGAUUUUCACUGAGUAAUUCCCCUUUGGUAGCAUAAUGUUUUUUUCUUUACCUAUGUUUAUUUCUAUCUAGCAAAAUGAAAAAGUCAAGCAUAUUGUGUAACCAUCUUUAGGACAAAACUUAUUUUUUUACAAAUUUUUUACAAUGAUUUGAUGCAAUUUUUUUCUUUUACAAAUAGGUCUUAUUUAGGAUUAUGUGUAAUACAAAUUGAAAGAAUGUUAAGGUGUUUGUCUGAACAAAUUUUCAUUUUAUAUCUUGUCAAAUAUUGAUAAUAGAUGUAAAUGGUAUUUACAGAAAUGUUCAAGGCUAAAGGCUGGACAUUAGUGAUAAAAAAGGCCUUGUUUUCACAUUACUUUCCCUUAAAGUUGUAUUCAAUGUGACCUGUCAAAUAAGAAUAGCCAUCUUAAAAGCACCUAAAUGACCUACAUAAUUGAAAUGAUGUGACCUGUAUUGUCUAUAUAAAAACAUGAAAUUGUUCUUUAUUUUAGAAAUGUCCUUUAGUACAAAAUUGACCUUUAUUACACAUUUGAUCUGUAAUGAAAAAGGUUGACCUUUACAUUUGAAAAAAUAGGCUUUGAAUUUUCAGUAAAGACCUUAUUUGAGAAAUUUUUUUAUGCAGAAUAGAAAACAAAAAAAAAAUGGUUAAAUUAUAAAGAGAUGACCUUCCCCUUUAUUAGAAGAUUUAUAUGGAAAAUGAUCCUUUUAUAAAAGUGAAUGGCCUUGACCUUUACAGGAAAUGAAUGAUCAUUUAAAAAAAUGGGAAAAGAAAGUGUCAAAAAUGGUCAUUUAAUUGUUAAAAUUGACCUUGACCUAGAAAAGAAAGUGAUGACCUUGAGAGUUGACCGUUUUAGGGGGAAGAAAUAUUGUCAGAAGUAAAAUGUGGUCAUUAAAUUGUAUAAGAAUUUACCUUGACCUUUAUUAGAAAUUGAUGACCUUUGUAUGAAAGGUCAUGUUGAAUGCAACUAUAGCAACCAGAUAUGAACUGCUUGGUGUUGUAGUAGGUUUUAAGUUUUGUAGUAUAAAAUACAUUUGAGCUGCGCCAUGACAAAACCAACGUAAUGCGUUUGAGACCAGCAUGUAUCCAGACCAGCCUGCUCAGUCUGAUCAGGAUCCAUGCUGUUCGCUUACAGACUCUAUAACAAGUAGAGAAACUGAUAGCGAACAGCAUGGAUCCGGAUCAGACUGCGCGGAUGCGCAGGCUGGUCUAGAUCCAUGCUGGUCACAAAUGCAUUACGUUGGUUUUGUCAUGACGCAGCUCAUUAAAAUCUGUUCUUCAAAGUGCCAUUUUUGAUCAAACUAUGUUUUCCAGUUCAAUGCUUCUCUAUUUUGUACAAAUGUGCAAGAAAAUGUUGUAGUUUUAUAGAUAAUUAUUCAUUAAUUAUUUCAGUCGUUUUGUCACCAUAUCUUAAUAUUGUCAUAUGUUCAAAAAUGAAGUUUUUUAGUGAUUUUUUUACAUGUAUAUUUGUAAAUUUUUUAAUUAUUAUUACUGUUAAGUGUUUUAUUGAAAAAAAGUUUGUAAAUGAUUUACAUAUCUCAUAAUUUCAUGAUUUCCAUGGCAAAGUUUUAUUUUUUUGUUUCAGGUAAAACACUUGAUUUUUUAGCGGCUUUUUGUUUUACAUUUUUUAUACACUUGACCCACCUGAGGUUUUAAGGGUGUAGUGUUAAAUUAAAGAUAUUUAGUGAAACUAAAUCAGGUAAAAAAGAAACAUUUUAUUUUCCCCAUGAAAAUACUGGUACAUUUUUAAAUUGAUAUUUCUUGAAUUUUACAUUUUGGCUGCCAAAAUUUUUUUUUAUAUUUCUGCUGAAAAUGUUUUGACAUAUAUGGAAUUCUACAUAUAACAUACAUAUAUUUUGAUAUUUUCUUGAAAUUCUACAUUUUGGCCACAAAACUAUUUUGAAUUUUCAUGAAUUUUACCUUUUGAUCGCGAAAAUAUUUUGGCAUUUUCUUGAAAUCUUUAUCUUGGCUAGUGUAACAUUUCUUUAAUUUAGUCCUUUUGAUAUCAGAUUUAAAAAAUAAUUUUUUUUUGCCCUUUCUUAAAUCAAACAUUUUUGGCGCAAAAAAAACCCAAAAAAACUAAAAAACUUUUUAUAUUUCUUUUAUAACCCAUUAGGUAUGAAUAGAUCUCAGUUAGUUGUACACAGCGGCAAAACAGCAAGACAUCGAUUUCUUUUUAUAGAUUUUUUAAUUUAUUCAUUUUUUUUAAAUUAUAUAUACAGCCCUAUGACAGUGCAAAAUUUGGCAUAGAUAUAAUUGUUUCCCUUUUUUUCUUUAUAUACAUGAUGAUGUUUCAGUGAUAUAUAAACAUAUACUUUUGCUAUUUAUAGCUCCAUAUCUACAUACACAAUGACUCCUUUUUUUGGCAGGCAAAUCUAAGUGUUGUGAAUUUUGUACUUUUAUUACCCGAGUUUUUUUUUUUCUUACAUGCACAAACAAGUUUUUAGAUAUCUUUUUUUGUGAGUCCAGCACCGUGUUGUGAAGUUACUUUAUGUGUCCAUUUUGUUUAUAUUUUACUUCCAUUAUGGCAUCCCUUCAUUCUAUUUAUAGAACCAAUAGCAUGUAUAAUUAGCAUUGUUUUUAAAGCGCAAAAAAAAACUUUUCAGUUUCAAUGAACACACAAUUUUUUUUUAUAUACCAAAUGUUCAGCAUUAAAUUCUUGUUUUAAUGUAUAAUGCUAAAUGAAUUUUUGGCCAUUGGGGUAUAAAAAAGUGGACAGAAAAUGGGAAAUUAAACAGUUUAAGGUAAACUUUACAAGAUUUAUUAAUAUUUUAGAUUUUCCCAGCAAAUCCAGAGGUAUUAACUUGACUUUUACAGUUACAAUUUUGUGGUGUAGCAGUUAAUUUUGUUCAGUUCUUGUAUAUCACAUUUUAAAUACAAAAUCAAAAUAAUGCAGAAAAUAGUAGUAAAAAAUUUAGCUAACAUACAAAAUCAAAGCACAGAAGGCGCUGAAUUUGUUUGGGUCUCAGAAUGUAAGAAAGGUGCAGGUUGUGAGAUUAUAUGUUUAGUGCCACCAAUGCUUUCCAGCGUUUUAAUUGUAGUAAAUUGGCUAUAAGACUAAUUGCAACACUGAUAUUCAAUCCAAUGUUUAUUUGACUUUAACAAUUUAAAAAAAUGAGUUACCUUUACUGGGAUUUGAACUCCAGACCUCUCGCUUCCUAAGCGAGCCCGAAAACCCUUCAGCCACGGUUAAAUUUGUAUGUGAACGGCCUGAAGAAAACCAUAUUAUUCUAAAUUAGGGCUUGUAACGACUUUUAACUGUUGUUUAACACAGAUGUAAAUAAUCCUGAAGCUUACUAUAAGCAUGUAUAUUUAUAAAGAAUCAAAGGGCUUCAAGUUCUUUGGUAUUUUCUGAUCUUUGCAAUCUAAAUUGUACUGUAUAUCUGUAUGCAUUUUCCUGUAUAAGUUUAUUUUUAUGUAUUAUAAUUCAUUUUGUAAGGCACAUACGGAAUUCUGCAUAACUAGAGUUGCAUCAAAAAAUCAUUUAUGUACUUUUUUUACGACAGCCACACUUUAUCCUUGUAAAUCAUGGCUACUUCCUUAACAAAAACAAUUUAAAAAAGAAUUUAACAAAAAAAAAAAAAAAUUCCUCGACUGGAUUCGAACUCGAGACCUCUCACUCACUAAGCGAGCGCGUUACCACUGUACCACGGAGAAGUUAUACACAGAAUGUCUGAAUAAUAUCAAGUCAUUCUAAAUUUAGAACUUCCUUGCAUUCAGGUUUGUAAUCCUUAUUAAUUUCGAGGUAUUUUGUUCAGGGUAAACCUGUUGUUUAAAAUUGAAGUAAUAUUUUAGCGAAAAUCCAUUCGCCCAAACAGUCCGACAUGUAGAAUCUAUAUAUUCCACUACUCGGUUUGUGUAGUAUUCGGUAAUCUACAUGGCUAAAAUAGUAUUUUCAUUGAUAAAAUCAUAUUCAUCCGCGUAAUUUGUGAUUGUGCAUUUAUUGACAAUUCAAUAAGCCAACGCUAUUGUUUAACUUUUAAAUGCGUUGUAAUUUGUUGGAUACUUGUAACAAAAUAAAAUAUUUCUUUCUUUUAAAUCGCUAGUUUUAAGCUGUUUUGAGAACUACUUGUUGUUAGGUUUGUCAUAAACUUCUGUGUCAGAGAUUGAAUGUCCGCUUUGUAUUUAGUUAUUUUCGAUCAGAAAAUACCAGAAAACAAUAUUGGAAAGCUUCGACCAUUCGGGAAUUACUUUGCUUGAAAAUUGAUGCGCCUGUCUUUGACCAUCUUUACGCAGUGAUCUCCCCUGAAUUUUUCGGCUUUAGUGUACAUACAAAAGGGAAGUAACCGCUUCAAAAAAGUGGACUACUUUCGGCAUUUGCAAUUAAGAACAUUAGACUCUGAAAUUUCGCUACCAUUAUUUGUUUGGUCUGACGACCCAAACAAAUAAAAAACCAAAAAAAUGUCGAAUAAACAAAAACCAUAAAACUCUUUAUUUCUGUACAAGGUCUUGAACAAUCCUAGUCUGUUUUGCAAAUGUAUUAAAAAAAUUAUGAUGAAAUAACAUAUUUGAUCAUUUUUAUAGAAAAUAUUUUGGAAAAGAAUAUUUUUUUUUGGAUAAUAGAAAAAUAUAUCAACUACAGAAUAAAUGUGAUGGGUAAUUCAGCAAAUGUAAGUUUGCCCCAGCUUUUUAUGGGUUUACCCCAUAAACAAGCAAUUAACAUUGUAAUUUGAAUUAUAGAUUUUUUCUAUGAGUUUAGAAAAGAGUGGACACACUGUUGUGCCUAAUUUACAUAUAUACCAUUAAUAACUGCAACACCAAAAAAAUUGUAACUGUAAAAAGUAAAGUUAGUACCUUUGGAUAAGCUGGUAAAUUCCAAGAUAUUCAUAAAUCUUGAGUAGGCUAACUCUAUUGGCAAAAUUUACCUGAAAUGAUUAACAAAGUUUACCUUGAAUUAGCAAGUUUAAUAUAACGAUUUCAAGUACCUGUCUCAUAUUACUAAUGAAUUAAUUGUAUUUAGCUCGUAAUUUUUAUUUGAUUUUCAAAACCAAACUUUCAUAUUCUCAGAUAUCAUGUUCUGUGUUACAAAACUUAACUGUGAAUUUCUGUCUGUUCAAAUAUGCAUACUUGUAUACUAUUUUUUGUGUAAUCGAGGAGUAAUUUUUUAACACAUGUGUAGUGCAUAUGAUUCAAUUUUGAACCAGUGUUGUAAUGCAAAUAUUUGAUAAUCGAGUAGUUUGAAAUAUCUGUAACAUUAAUAUUCAAAUUUGAUGACGUAAUUAUGUUUAGUUACUGAAAUUUACUAAAAAUGCGGAUUUUUCUUUUGUGGGGGCUACAGGUUCAAAUUUGUGUUUUUAUACAUGUAUAUUUUUUUGUUUGUUCGAUGAACAACCUUAUAAUAUUUUCAUAUAUACUAAACUUGGUUUAAUGGCUGAAUUUUGGCCAGUAGAUAGGGUGAACAUCAACUUCCGACUGGUAAAGCUUCUGUCAUCAAGUCAAGUUUGAACGAUGUUAUGUGGGAUGGUCAAAUAUGAAAUUGCGUGCUUUUUUUACCCAUUAUUCCAUCUCAUAAUCUGAUGACGUAAUGAUUGUCAUGUCAUAAUUUCACAAUGUCAUAAUUUCACAAUGUCAUAAUUUUCAUGAUGUCAUAACUUUCAUGAUGUCAUAAUUUCACAAUGUCAUAAUUUUCACAAUGUCAUAACAUUCAUGAUGUCAUAACUUUCAUGACAUUAGAAUACGGAUUAUAACGGCGUAUUUCAUACAAAUAUUACAUUUUUUAAUGGCUAUAUCAAACAAGGGAAAGAAUUUUACUUUAAAGUUUGAUAUUUACAAUUUUGAUAUGUUUAAAUGUGUGCAAAUUUACAUAGGUUUUUUAUAUAUAAAAAUUAAUCAAAGGUUGCAAUGUAAUAUGUGUUUUAUCAUACGUCACGUGACCAUUUAUCAUACCUCACGUGACCAUUUUUCAAACAUCACGAAAUUGACCAUUUGUCAUACAUUAUGUGACAGUUUAUGAUUAUCAUACAUUACGUGAUCAUUUAUCAUACAUCACGUGACCAUUUAUCAUACACCACGUGGCUGGGUUUAUUUUUAGUAUCGUACGUCACGUGACCAUUUAUCAUACAUCACGUGACCAUCAUGUCAUAUGUUCUUUUUUAUCAUAUUGUCAUAAUGGAAAUCAGUCUCAUUAUUAAAAAUGGAAUAUGCUGACUUUAAAUAAAAUAAAUAUGAAAUAUAAA